AUGUGGUUAGUGCCACAAUAUUGCUUGAUUGGACUUGCUGAAGCUUUCAAUGCAAUUGGGCAGAUAGAAUUCUACUAUACUCAGUUCCCCAAGAGCAUGGCUAGCAUUGGAGUGGCUCUUUUUGCACUGGGCAUGGCUGUUGGAAACUUGGUUGGGAGUCUCAUAGUAAAAAUUGUGAAUGAUGUUUCUAAAAGAGGAGGGAAUGUGAGUUGGGUUUCAAAUAACCUUAACAAGGGUCACUAUGACUACUAUUAUUGGGUCCUCACCAUUUUGAGUAUGGCAAAUUUCUUGUACUUCUUUCUGUGUAGUUGGGCUUAUGGUUAUGAGGAAACAAAGGUUUGGGAUGAUAGGGAUGGCAUUAAGGAGGAAGACAAUGCCAAGCCUAAGGAAUCUCCCUUAGUAGACGUUGUCAAGUCCAAGGAAUCUCCCAUGAUGUAUUCUAUUUAA